AUGGGAGCUUUCGCUACGCUCCGAUCCAUGUUGUUCUGUUUACUGUGGCGACGACCAUUUUUCGUGAUCUCUAUGUUGCUACUCGUCUCUUCCCAGCAAGCUGCUGCAUAUGGUGUGAAAUAUAAUUGCCGAAAAGUUGGGGCCGAAGAGAUCAUCGAUGAGCCGGGAUGUGAGCUAAUGAUACUGAGGGUGAACCGAUGUAGCGGUCAUUGCCUGUCAUUCUCAUUCCCAAAUCUGAUCACUGGCAGGACAUCGGUCCAUGCUAAAUGCUGUAGGAUGACCGAUACUGAAUGGGUCCACACUGAGUUGGCUUGCGAAGAUGGUCCCCGACAUAUCAAAAUACCAAGUGCAGUACAGUGUGACUGCUUCGACUGUGCAAUUCACUAG